AUGGACAACUCUGCGCCAGCGUCAGGACAGAAUGACACCACCGUGACGACGAGUAGAGCAUUGACCCACGAACCACCCCCUUUCCUCUCGAGGAUAACCCGCCUCUCCCGAAUCUACACGGCGAAAUCGCUAGCUUUUCCUUCGGCCUGGCUCAGGGAGUGGAAGGAGUACUUUUACCCGCCGUCGACGAGGCCGGAUAUAGUGAAGAGUUAUGAGUGCAGGCCUGAUUUGCCUGUCCGUAUCUUCUUCCCGUCCUCCUACGACCUAACCUCCCCCUCCACCCUCCCAACUCUCUUCACAGUCCACGGCUCCGCCGCCGCGCCUUUUGUCCUGGGCACUCCGAGAGAUGACGACGAGUUCAACCGGACAUUUGCGGAUAAAUAUCACGUCUUGGUGAUAGCGCUGAACUACUCCAAAGCCCCUGCUUCGGUGUUUCCCGCACCGGUGCACGACGUGGAGGCUUUGCUGGUCGAUGCGUUGGGGGAUGAGAGUCUUCCUAUAGACAGAACGUCUCCAAGGGGGGUGGACGACGAUAAGAAGAAGGGACGGGUGGGGAUACUGGGUUUCGGUGCGGGGGGGAAUUUAGCGAUGGCGGUGACGCUGCUUGAGGGGGUGAAGAGGGAGGAGUGUUGCCCGGGAGUGGUAGUCAGUUGGGGGGUUGGCUGGAUCUUGCAGCGGGCGGUGGGGAGGAGGGGGCGUGGAGGUGGGGGUAUGUGCCUUAUGGGGUUGACCUGA